AUGUUUGGAGGUCUGGGCGUGGACGUGCGCAACAACGAUGGGAAGCCGCACAACCUGUGCGAACUUUACCAGUUGUGCUGUCCCGCAAUUAUUGCAGGCACCGAGGGCGGCGAGGGCGCCUAUUUCUACGAUUUUGCUGCUGACGACAACGAAGACCUGACCGCUGGCGGCAAGGCGGCGAGGAGGACGAAGCGCGCGGUGGACUUCAUCAACGUGCUUCCGGCCGAGAUCUCCCUCCACAUUCUGUCGUUCCUGCCCAGUGCCGACGUCGGCGCCACUUUGCCGCGUGUGAGCAAGGCUUGGCAACGGUUUGUGGAGGACGAUGCGCUCUGGCGCGAUGCGGUCUCCACGUUCGUGCAGGAUCUCGCCCAACGCAAGAUCGGCCACGUCGACAGCAGCGCCCAGAAACAAAAGACCGGUUGCAAGGCGCAGCUGAAGCAGGCGCUCGAGAGCAACCCGUUCCAUGAUACGUGCGGAGUGGGCAAGUCGGCGUUGACCAUCAUGUUCAUCCAGAAUCACUUCAUCGAGGAAUACGACCCCACCAUCGAGGACAGCUACCGUAAGCAGUUCUUGGUCAAUGUCUACGUCGUCCUCAUGGACAUCCUGGACACGGCGGGUCCGGAGGAGUUUUCGGCCAUGCGUGAGCAGUGGGUUCGCACUGGCACCGCUUUCAUGAUGGUGUACUCUGUCACCAACAGAGCCAGCUUCGAAGAAAUUGAGCACCACCAGUGGGAACUCAUCUUGCGGGUCAAGGACACGGAAACCUUCAGUGCCAUCCUCGUCGGCAAUAAGAGUGAUGUGGACACGCACCCGGUGUAUGACUGGAACCGUAAAGCCGCCGAGCGCGAGAUAACACACGCCGAGGGCGCCGCGUUGGCGCGCAAGCUGAGCGUGGCGUCAGGGCGCCCAGUGCCGUUCAUCGAGACCAGCGCCAAGCUCAACAUCAACGUCACCACUGCCUUUGCCGGGCUGGCGUAUAUGGAACUGCAGAGGAAAGGCCUAGUUGGCCCGGCGAAGAGCAACAGCCAGGCACGUGCCAGAGAGAAGCCCACCAGGUGUUUGCUCUCCUGA